ACGGCCCCGCCCUGCCAGCCGCUGCCCAGAGCCGCGAGCACCAUGCCCGCCCCCGGCUCUCAGCUCCCGCCACCGCCCGCCGCGCACGACCAGGGCGCGAAGCCCUCGGCGCCGCACGCGGAGCUGCAGUACCUGCGGCAGGUGGAGCACAUCCUGCAGAGCGGCUUUCGCAAGGAGGACCGCACGGGCACCGGGACGCUGUCGCUGUUCGGCAUGCAGGCGCGCUACAGCCUGCGAGAUCAGUUUCCCCUGCUGACCACCAAGCGUGUGUUCUGGAAGGGUGUUUUGGAGGAGCUGCUGUGGUUUAUCAAGGGAUCCACAAACGCCAAAGAACUGUCUUCCAAGGGCGUGAAGAUCUGGGAUGCCAAUGGGUCCCGAGACUUCCUGGACAGCCUGGGGUUUUCCAGCCGCCAGGAAGGGGACCUGGGUCCCGUGUAUGGCUUCCAGUGGAGGCAUUUUGGGGCUGACUACAAAGAUAUGGACUCAGAUUACUCGGGUCAGGGAGUGGACCAGCUGCAGAAAGUGAUUGACACCAUCAAAACCAACCCUGAUGACAGAAGAAUCAUCAUGUGCGCCUGGAACCCAAAAGACCUCCCUCUGAUGGCGCUGCCUCCCUGCCAUGCCCUCUGCCAGUUCUACGUGGUGAACGGAGAGCUGUCCUGCCAGCUGUACCAGCGCUCCGGGGACAUGGGCCUGGGCGUGCCCUUCAACAUUGCCAGCUACGCCCUGCUCACCUACAUGGUCGCCCACGUCACUGGCCUGCAGCCAGGUGACUUUGUACAUACUUUGGGAGAUGCACAUAUUUACCUGAAUCACAUUGAGCCACUGAAAACUCAGCUUCAGCGAGAACCAAGACCUUUCCCAAAGCUCAAAAUCCUUCGAACAGUUGAGACCAUCGACAACUUCACAGCUGAAGACUUUCAGCUGGAAGGGUACAAUCCACAUCCUGCCAUUAAGAUGGAAAUGGCUGUGUAGAGUGCUUUCAGCGGUGCUGUUCGAAGGAAGGAAGGAAGGAAGUGUCCCUGUUUAGAACUUGAGUCUCGGUAUUUUUGUUUGUAAAGCAAAAAAGGAAGUAGGUCAAAAACUGUCAGUGACCUAUCAGUUAUUAUUUGUUAACUUUUGAAGAUAGUGUCACUGGCAGAUAUAAGGUACUGGUUUUUUAGUAACACAAGAGCUUAACUUUAGUAAUAAAAGUGCACGAAAAUGCUAAGAUUAUGAAUAAAGUAACAACAGUGAAAGUUCCUAUAUUCUUAGCAAAACCAAGUAUGCAUUUCAGUUGUACAUAAUGAAGGUGAAUUUAAUUACAUAAGCUCUUCCCUGAAAUCUCAAAUAACACCAUCAGUCAGAAUGUAUAGUUUGCUCAUGAACAUUUGCAGUUACAUUUGUUGUGUAUAUUCCUGUAAUAAAGCCUUGGUUUGCAUUUA